CGAAAGCACUGUAUCGAACGGUUCAAUAUCGAUACGAGUAUCGUUGCACCCCAGAUGUGUGUUUUCAGACUUGGUGAUGAUAUUGAUCUGAAGUGGCCUUUAGCCACUUUAUGGUAAAAUGUGUAACUGCCCAUGAGUGGCAGUGAGUGAUUCUUAAAUGAAAUGAAGCAAACAUGUGCAUGCAGGCCAAGCCCAGCAGACUCCACUGCUCUCACUGUGACGAGACCUAUAGUCUUCCCCAGAAUGGAGCCAUCAAGCUUUACAAGGAGCUCCGGUGUCCACUGGAUGACUUUGAGCUUGUGCUUUGGACUUCAGGGGCGCGGGGAAAGAGCUACCCCCUGUGCCCCUACUGCUUCAGCAACCCGCCAUUCAGGGACAUGAAGAAAGGUAUGGGAUGCAAUGAAUGUACCCAUCCAUCAUGUCAGCACUCUCUCAACUCGUUGGGCAUUGGACAAUGUGUGGAGUGUGAUAGUGGAGUUUUAGUGUUGGACCCCACAUCUGGUCCAAAGUGGAGGAUGGCCUGUAAUAAAUGCAAUGUGGUGGUGCACUUCUUUGAACAUGCACACAAAGUGCAGGUUGCUCAGGAGAGCUGUGAUGUCUGUGAUGCCUCUCUAGUUGCAGUGGACUUUAACAAGACUCGCACUCCUCUUCCUGCCAGUGAGACCCAACACACUGGCUGUGUUUUUUGUGAUCCAGUGUUUCAGGAUUUGGUGGAGCUCAAGCAUGCCACCAUGCGGCAUUCCAUGUACCGUGGUGGGGGUGGGAGAAGAGGAGGACGUGGACGUGGACGUCGUGGCAAUGCUAAAAAACCUAAAGAUAAAAUGGCUGCCCUAGCUGCUUAUUUUGUAUAGUUUCUGUGUGUAUAUUGUCCUUUUGCAUGUCAUUACAUGAACUGGUUUUCUUCUGAUAAUGAAUCUAAAUAUGGUAAAUGGCCUGUAUUUGUAUAGCGCUUUACUUAGUCUCUGUUGAACCCAAAGCACUUUACACUACUUUCAGUCAUCCACCCAUUC